AUGAGUGAUCCGUCGCCCACCGACUCCGGGAUCAACGAACCAAACAGUGGACAACUCACUCCCAACACAUCCAACAGCCAAAUGAAUAUCAAUGCGAGAGAUGACGGCGACGGCGACGACGACUUCGAGGUUUGUCUGCAACCAGUCAUGCAUUUGUCGUACCAUUUGCUGAUCCAUUGACUCAUUCAAUAGGAUUUGGACGAGACUUUCACCGAAAGACUGAUGGGUUUGACUGAAAUGUUUCCGCAAUCAGUGAGAAAUGGUUUCGUGUUUGCGACCAAAGGCUCAGUCAAUGGCUUCAAACAGUUGUAUGGAUUCAGUCGUUCGGCUCUUUGGGUUGUGUUCACGUCAUCGGUGGUACUGUUGGCGCCUUUGGCUCUCGAGAUGGAGAGAUCACAGUUGGAUGAGAUGUCUAAACAACAACAGAGACAGAUAUUGUUGGGUCCGUCGGCCGCACUGUCGGGUGGGGGCGGAGGUCACGGGUUGCCAAUGCCUCCCCUCUCACCUCCCGCUAAAUAAUUUG